AUGAAAUUUAAAGCCGGCGACAAGGUGGAAGUUUGCUGCAAACAGAAUGGCUACGUUGGUUCAUACUACGAAGCUACAGUGGUCGAACCGCUUGAUCAGGACCACUCCUACUCGGUUCGCUAUAAGUAUUCGGUAGAAGAAAACACGAGUUUGACGGAGAUUGUUCCUGCCGAUGAAGUUCGGCCGCCUCCUCCUCCGGCACCGGGAAUGUCUCCGAAGAUUAGUGGGUUUUUGAGAUACAAGGCGGUUGAUGCUUUUGACGGAGUUGGGUGGUGGGUCGGUCAGAUCACUAGGAAGAAGGGUUCGAGUCAGUACGAUGUUUAUUUGACGACUAUUGGUCUUGAACUGACUCUUCAAUCUUCUCAGUUGAGGCCUCACUUGGAUUGGGAUCAUAAUGAAUCUAAAUGGGACAGUAGGGUUUAUCGUUAA